CUUCACUAUUAUAUAGUUGAUUGAAAGCAACUCAUGUUAUGCCAUUUUUUUAUAUUGUGUUUAUAUACCUUCUUUGUUUCUUUUCUUUUUUCACUUUUCGUUAUUUAUAUAUAUGGUUCUCCAUUAGUUGCUAGAAGUUGUAAUUGCACCUCUUGCUCGGACAGCCUGAUCCUCAAGAUGGGAGAUGAAGGUUGGAUAGAACUUAAGUUCAGACUCGCAGAUGGCACCGACAUCGGACCGAGCAAAUACAGUCAGUUCACGACUGUUGCGUCUCUCAAGGAGAAUAUCAUUGCUCAAUGGCCUAAGGACAAAGAAAAUGGCCCAAAGAUGAUAAAUGAGAUCAAGCUCAUCAAUGGUGGCAAAAUACUGGAGAACAACACAACAAUUUCUGAAGCCAGGUCAAUACAGAUUUGUGAACAUCCUGGAAUGGUAACUACGGUGCAUGUUGUUCUUCCUCCUCCUAUAAUAGGCCGAAGAGACGAGAAACUGCAGAAUGAACCUCCAGUGAAGAACAGUUGUGUAUGCUGCAUUUUGUAAGUCCACUAGAGAUUUUUGGCCUUUUACAUAAUUUUAUGCCAUUUGGAUUCUUCAUGUAACAGCUUUCCAUAGUUCCAACAUGCUUCUUCCGUAAGUUCUCUUCAUUGUUUAACAAAAUGUGGCUUAACGUAAUGGGGUUCUAAGGAAAUGUGUUCAAAGGAUUUAAAAAGGAGACAUGAGUUAUCAUAAUAAUCUUACUCUCUUUAAUAAUAUUAGGAUAGCAUGGGUUCAUACACAAAACAGGCAACAGAUUAUUCAUGGACAUUUUUCAACAUUUCAUAUACGGAUGUAUAAUUUUGCAUAGUAACUUUGCUCCAAUUUGUCUUGAUUGUGAUUUUGGGAUCAACAAUCUUUAUUAAAAAAAGGAUCAUUAGAUGAGAUACUUAGAUGUUUUCUUUUUGAAGCAUUUAUCUCAGUGAUUGCUCUGACUAAACAAAUGUUGAAAAGCCAAGGUGCUUCUCCUACACAUCUACUACUUCAGUGAGCACAUGCAUUGUGAUAGGUUGUAGGGUAAGUGGUUCUUUCUUUUUUUUUGCUCAGAGCUUGAUUAGAAAGGGACAGACACCAUCUUAAGAUAGAGAGAGGGUCCACUUUCAGUUAAUGGGUGAGGGAAAAAUUAUGGGCAUGACAUGACAAUAUGACAUAACAUGAGUUGCUUUCAAUCAACCAUAUAGGACAUUUAUGAGAACGACCCUUUUGCUCUUGUCCCUCUGUCCUGUCUCUCUUUCUAGUGCCCACUUCUCUUUUUUCAGCUUUGUUAUAACUUGUAUAAGAACUCAGUAAAUGAUCAUACUCUGAAUACUUUUGAGUUUGAAAGAAUAGCAUCAAUGUACACAGAUGGAGUUCUAUGUUCUAAUUAUGUAAAAAUGGUUGGCUACUUGGAUCACAUUAGUGCAA